AUGCUAACUUCAAAACUUGCGGCUAACAGGGCGAUCGGAAGAGUUUCUUGCAGACAGCUUUCGGUGAGUCGUACCCUUCUCUCAGAUCAAAAAUCAACCACCAACGGGCAGGACGAGACAAAUACCAAAAACGUCUUUACAUGGACCGAUUUUUUCCAGUUGAGAAAACACGAACGCAGAAUUAACCUUGGAUCGUCGAUAGUCACGGCUCUGUUGACCAGUAAUGCCUCCUGGGCGUAUCUUUCGACCAUGGAAAUCGAUCCCAUGCAAACAAUAAUGGGAUUCGACCCUUUGGUGGUGGUUUCGGCCGGCCUUAUGGCCUCUGGUGCUCUUGGAUUUCUGUUAGGCCCCAUAUUUGGCACCACCGUGUUUAAGAUGAGACAAAAGUCCAAUCUCGCCGACUACAACCAGAAAACUAAAGAAUUUUUGAAACACGUUAUCGAAAACCGAGUGGACUCGUCUUCUCAAAGCUUCAGCAAUCCGGUGCCUGAUUACUAUGGUGAGAAAAUAGGGUCUGUGGGCGAGUACAGACAAUGGCUGAGAGACUGUCAUGCUUUCAGGAGAAAGGCCAGGGAGUUUCUUUAG